AUGUCCACCUCGUAUGCGGACCUCCGCAAGAUGAACAAGGCAGUCAAGUUUGCGCUGCCGAGGAUCUACGGCGUGGGCAGGAGGAAAGCCGCGGAGAUCUGCGCGGUGUUUGGCAUCGGUGACGAUGUCAAGAUGAACAGCGUCCCGGACGAGCUCUUCAACCGGAUGAUGAACUACAUCCACGAGAACCACUUGGUGGAGAAGGAGCUGGCGCUGUCCGUCCAGAUGGAUAUCAAGCGGCUCAUUAGCAUCGGCUCGUACCGCGGCUACCGCCACACGGUGGGCUUGCCGCUCCGGGGCCAGCGCACGCACACAAACGCCAUGUCCGCGCGGAUCACCGAGCUCGAGAAGCUCAAGAAGAUCUUGAGAUGA